GCUCUCCUACAGAGCUACCUUCCCAAUUUAAACUUGUUUGUCCACAGGGAGAAAAUAAUGACUACACCCAGAAAAGAGAAAAAGAGAGAGGCUAGAAGAGAGAAAAAGGCUGAAGAAGCUGCACUUCUGGAAAAGAGUAUUGAGAAAGAAUUGCUUACGCGGCUUGGCCAAGGAGAUAUAUAUAACUAUCCUUUUGAGAUAUAUAAGAAAAUUCUUGAUGGAGAACAGGCUGAUAGUGAAAAGGAAUUUGCGGAGGAACCUGAAAUGGAAUAUGUAGAGGCCUAUGAUGAACUUGAUGAUUUGGAUGAUAUAGAAGAUUUUGGUGGCUUUCCAAUGGAUAGAUCUCAAAAGCGCAAGGAUAAUGUUGCUGCUGCUGAUGUUGAUAGAGAGGAGGACACGGAUGAGGGACGGGGGGUGAGAAAAGGGUCUUCAUCUGCCUGUGAAAGGCUUGGGAAAGAAAAAUCCAGUAUAAAGUUGAAGAAGAGAGCAAGGGUUCUAGUUGAGGUUGAGCACGAGGAUGCGCCUGGAAGACAGAAAGCAACCUUAUGAGUGUGUUUUUUUUCUUUUGGUCACCUCUAUCAAUCUAGAAACAACAUGACAACUACUUGUGAAGUCCACUGGAUUUUGAGCUUUUAUCACCCCCAUUCCUGCAUUGAGAGAAUGUUAGAAAGCCAGAAAUUUGAGGUUGGACAGAAGCCCAUUUCAUAAAUACAAAAUAAUGGCCAAU